AAGAUGUAUGUAUGUUGUUUUUAGAAUUAGCCAUUUUAGUAUUUUAAAUUAAUUGACUAGAAGUAUGUAUGUGAUUCUCAGUGGAUUUCCCUUGACUGCUUUCCCCUUCGAGCUCCGCCUCUGUUUUGAGCGGGCUGCCACUCGCAAUCGCUUGAUCAGUGCGACUUAUUGGCGUGCUAAUGCCAGGUACGAGUCAUGACGUGUUGCUGCCUUUGGCGCGUUGAUCUACCAAAGCCCAGAAUGCAUGGCACUAUUUAUAGGAGCGCUCAGGCGGCAGCAUAUAAAACCAGCUAGCCCGAUCGAGGAGAUCAACAGAGUGCAAUAGCCAGUGGAAUCGAUAGCUCCUCUAGCCGCAGCUGAUCCAAUAAACAGACCUAGAAUGUGGAUUCAACUAUUUGCAGUUUUGCUGUUAGUGGCAGCACCAGCUCAAGGCAAGCCCAGUGCAAAUGGAGUCGAGGACGACGGCGACUACGAGGCCGAGAUGAGCGAUUUUAUGGGCGCUCUGCCGGACCUCGACGACACACCCGCUGGCAUAGGCCAGCGAUCGGACAUCUCGACGGAGCCGGAGGCGGACGACAUUCUGGCCAACCUGGACGACGAGUACGAGGGCGCCAAGCACCACGAGUGGAACAGGUGCGACAAGGAUCUCAGCGAGUCGCGGGGCAUCGGCAAGUUUCUGGACCUGCCCUUCAUCAGGAAGAUAGCCAGCAACCUGAACCCGUUCGCCAGCCAGAAGCUGCGCAUGCAGUUCUUCCUCUUCAAGCGGGAGUUCCCCGAGUGCGGCAGGGAACUGGAUUUCUCGAGCGAGCGCCAGUGGAGGCACUCCGGCUUCAACGCCUCCCUGCCCACCAGGCUGAUGAUCCACGGUUGGAUGAGUCAGUCGCGCGGCUCCUUCAACCGGGAUGUGAAGAACGCCUAUCUGAGGAGGGGCGAGUACAACGUGAUCGUGGCCGACUGGAGUGCCAGCUCGGCCAACAUCAACUACUUCUCGGUGGUGAAGCUAAUUGAGACCUUCGGAGCCCAGUUGGCCCAGUUCGCCAGGAACCUCAACCGGCAGUUUGGCGCCGACUUCGACAGCAUGUACCUCAUCGGGCACUCGUUGGGGGCCCAGAUAGCUGGUUCGGCGGGAAAGCGACUGAAGCCGGACCAGGUGAACACCAUCUUCGCCCUGGAUCCCGCGGGUCCCAAGUUUCGCCACCGCAGCACCGAGUUCCGGAUCGAUCCCACCGACGCCAAGUUCGUGGAGUCCAUGCACACCAGUGCCAACUUCGGGUUCCGCCGGCCCACGGGCAGUGCCACCUUCUACCCGAACUAUGGAGCCUACCAGCGCAGCUGCUACUAUCUGGGCUGCUCCCACAUCCGCUCCUACCAGAUGUUCGCGGAGUCCAUCAACUCGCCCCUGGGCUUCUGGGGCACUCCGUGCACCCGGGACAACGGGCGGUGGCAGUGCGACCAGAGCCAGCGGCAGACCAUCCAGAUGGCGGGCGAGCCGUCGGUCCACAAGGAGGGCGUGUUCUACGUGAAGACCUCCUCCAGCGACCCCUUCGCCCUCGGCAGGCAGUAGAGCUGGAGUAGAUAAAAUACAUAAGCUAUCACAAUAUAAGUAGUUGUAAGCGCCAUUGAAUGUGAUCAACUUUACCAAAUACAUGUACAACAUUUAAAAUCUUAAGCUUCAUACUUGAAAUGCUUCUUGAACAAUGUACCUAAAAUAAGAAUCCAAAACGACUUUCAGUUACUGUUUUCGAAGUUGAACCAAUUUUAAAAAUCCUUUUUUUAUGAGUUCCAAAAAGUUUUUUAAUGAUAAUGCUGAGUUUUUGACAAUCCUAAGAAAUUGAAAGCUUUUGAAGUGUUAAAAACCAGAGGCAUCGAAGCUCUGACUUUUACAGUUGAAUUGAGUUUUUGGAAUAUUUUUAUCGGUAGACACAAAAUUUUCUAAAAUCGAGCUAAAAUGUAGAAUUUAUAGGGUUAUGAAGUCCUCUGCUGCCGCUCUGCCGCUGCUCUAAGCUUCUAGUGCUGGCUAUGCAGUUCGACAGAUGGCGCCACCUCAACCCCGAUUGUUUUAUAGGAGUAAUACUAAGGUAUCUAAGGUAUUAAAGGUUGAAUCAAGUUUCAAAAUCAUUUAAUGGGUUCCGAAAACAGUUUGGAGAAAUUUUUAG